AUGGUACCAGCGCUGCGUUAUCUGGGCAGUGUCUGCGGACGGGCCCGCGGGAUUUUCCCCGGGAGCUUCUCCGCGGCGCGCACACCCGCGUCGGGGAAAUCCCGGCUGUUGUGCCAGGGUGGCCGCAGAGCCAGCACCAGCUCAUUUGAUAUAGUCAUUAUUGGUGGCGGAAUUGUGGGGCUUGCCUCUGCCAGAGCACUCAUCCUGCGACAUCCAGCACUUUCCAUUGGUGUUCUGGAGAAGGAGAAAGAUUUAGCUAUUCAUCAGACUGGACAUAACAGUGGUGUCAUACAUAGCGGGAUUUAUUAUAAACCUGAAUCUCUGAAAGCUAAAUUAUGUGUGCAAGGCGCAGCCCUCAUCUACGAGUACUGUAACCAAAAGGGAAUUUCCUACAAGCAAUGUGGCAAGCUUAUAGUGGCUGUUGAACAAGAAGAAAUUCCCAGACUUCAGGCCCUGUAUGAGAGAGGCCUGCAGAAUGGUGUCCAGGGCCUGAGGCUGAUCCAGCAGGAUGACAUAAAAAAGAAGGAGCCAUAUUGUAGGGGUCUAAUGGCUAUUGAUUGUCCUUAUACUGGCAUUGUGGACUAUCGGCAGGUGGCUUUGUCAUUUGCCAAGGAUUUCCAAGAAGCAGGUGGCUCUGUUUUGACCAAUUUUGAAGUAAAAGAUAUUGAAAUGGCUAGAGAAAGCCCUUCGAGAAGUAAAGAUGGAAUGAAAUAUCCAAUUGUUAUAAGGAAUACAAAGGGAGAGGAGAUUCAAUGUCAGUAUGUUGUGACAUGUGCAGGACUUUACUCAGAUCGUAUUUCCGAGUUGAGUGGCUGCAAUCCCAAUCCUCGAAUUGUACCAUUCCGGGGAGAUUACCUAAUCUUGAAGCCAGAAAAGCGCUAUCUUGUAAGAGGAAAUAUUUAUCCGGUCCCCGAUAGCCGAUUUCCUUUCCUAGGAGUUCACUUCACACCAAGGAUGGAUGGCAAUAUUUGGCUAGGGCCAAAUGCAGUUCUUGCCUUUAAACGAGAAGGCUACAGACCCUUUGACUUCAGUGCCAGAGAUAUUAUGGAUAUAAUGAUCAAGAGUGGCUUGAUUAAACUGGUGUUCCAGAAUUUCUCCUAUGGAGUUAAUGAAAUGUACAAAGCAUGUUUUCUCAGUGCAACAGUGAAGCACCUUCAAAAGUUUAUCCCUGAAAUUACUAUCAGUGACAUACUUAGGGGCCCCGCUGGAGUAAGAGCCCAAGCCCUGGAUAGAGAUGGAGAUCUCCUGGACGAUUUUGUGUUUGAUGGAGGCGCUGGGGACAUUGGGAACCGCGUCCUUCAUGUGAGGAACGCACCUUCCCCCGCUGCCACUUCUUCGCUUGCAAUUUCUGGAAUGAUUGCAGAUGAAGUGCAACAGAGAUUUAAACUGUAA